AUGAUCGAACAAUCUUUCCGUUUAGGCUUCAACGCAUCCAACAACGAAGCCGAAUAUGAAUCCCUGAUCGCCGGAUUACGACUCGCCCAAAGCAUCGGAGCCCAAAAGAUAAGCGCCUUCAGCGACUCGCAGCUCGUCACCAGCCAAUUCCACGGCGAGUACGAGCAAUUUGACGAAUUCGAGCUUACGAGGAUUCCGAGGGGAGAAAACACCUCAGCGGACGCCCUCGCCGCCUUAGCAUCAACGUCAAAUCCGACUAUAAGAAGAGUAAUUCCGGUAGAAGGAAUAAAUCGACCCAGCAUAGAUAUCCCUCGAAGAAGAAUCACCGACAACGAAGACGACCUCCCGCUAGUUGCUCCGAUCGUCACUCGCAGUAGAUCCAAAGUACACACUCAAGAACCUGGUGAAGAGUCACUCGAAACUCCCCGGAGCCAAAGGGCUCCAGGCGAAUCCUCUCGGAAAAUCCAAUCAAGCAGCGUAAGGACGGUGCCUGCUCGCUUGAUCCCCAAAGAGAUACCUGUUCACGAAGUGAACAACGAAUCACAAAAAGCUUUCCAAGACGAGCUCGAAAGUAGACCGAAUUGGAGAACCCCGAUAUUCAAUUACAUCGAUACCGGGGAACUUCCACCCGAAAGAUGGGAAGCUCAAAAGGUAAAAGCUCGGAGCUCGCGCUAUUGCAUCAUGGAAGGAAAACUUUUUAAGAGAACCUUCAGUGAGCCGUACUUAUUAUGCGCAUCGCCAAAAGAAGCCUCCACCAUCCUCAAGAGAACUCAUGACGGGUCAUGCGGAAACCACUCCGGUGGACGAUCCUUAGCAAUCAAAAUAAAAAAGCACGGUUAUUUCUGGCCAACCAUCAUAACCCACAGAGAACAGUUCGCAGCGAGAUGCGACAAGUGGCAAUGGCACGCACCUAUGUUGCAUCAACCGACACGAAAAUUGUCAACCAUAUACUCGCCGUACCCGUUCAUGAAAUGGUCUAUGGAUAUAGUGGGACCCUUCGUUUCAUCAGGGCUAGCACAGCUCCGAUUCCUAUUAGUAAUGACUGAUUUCCUUACCAAAUGGACUGAAGCCGAAGCCUACCAAAAUAUCACUGGAACCACGGUGGCGAGUUUCAUUUGGAAGAACAUUGUCUGUCGACACGACUUCUGCGACAAGUGGAAGAUCAAGCUAAAGUUCGCAAGCCCUCGGUACCCAAAGUGCAAUGGACAUGCCGAAGCUGCGAACAAAACGAUAGUAAACAACUUAAAGAAGAGACUCGACCUCAAAAAGUCUAAAUGGAGCGAAGAGCUGAACGGAGUGCUCUGGGCAUACCGAACAACACCCCAUACAGCAACCCAUGAAACACCGUUCUCCCUAACAUACGGAAUCGAAGCAGUAAAACCUCCUGAGAUUGAGGUCCCAUCUCAGCGACGAGGAAUAUGUCCCGAUAACGUCGAAAUAAACGAAGCAAUGUUGCUCGAACAUCUGGACAUGAUCGAAGAACGUCGAGAGCGAGCUGUGGUACGCAUCCAGAAUUACCAGCAAACCGCUGCUUGUUACUACGACUCAAAUGUAAGAGGCCGCAGUUUCUCAAUCGGCGACCUGGUACAAAGAAAGGUGUUUGAUGGAACAAAAUUAAGAGGUGCAGGGAAAUUAGGAACGAGAUGGGAAUGCUCAUACAAAAUAACGAAAGAAGUUCGCGACAGCGUCUACGAACUAUAA